AUGGAACAAGCAGACUCACGACAGUUGUUCAACACUUCUUGGACCAUCCACCGUCUUUCUCCUCUCCAUCAUGGGAAGGACUGUGAAACCCUCCUAGACAACCAGGUCGCCUUAAAAACAUACGCAACGCGUCUACGUGACCAUAUCACAGGUGAUGUUCUUGCUGGUAUUCAUAUAAGCACUGGUGCAGCAGACGACAACGCGCUCUCCAAGACAGGCGCCCUUAAAGAUUGUCUAUGGCGGCCAAUAUCUCAAUCACUGCGCGACGAAGCGCCAAGCAGAUCCCAGAAUACGGGAUUUCCUGGUAUUCUAGUAACGCUAGAAUACGAAAACAUCGUCUACAAAGCAGCUUUGCUCGCAGACACAGAAUCAUCCCAAAAUGAGCGCACGGGAUCCACAUCUCUUCCACUCCUUCUAACCAGAUUCCCAACUGCGCUCCGGCAAACAUUCCUCACAUUCCUAUCUACCAAUUUCGACACUUACUGCUCGCCACUCCGACUGCCGUCAAGUUUUCUCUGUACAGGUCUAGAGACAUACGUCGAUACUCUGCGCGCUCAUCAGUCAAGUAUGAGUGACACAGUCGAAAAUGUUAUCAAAGAGUUACAGCUCACGUUGUCCUUUUCAUCAUCAAUCGCACCAGCGCUGAGAUCUCUCAAUAUUAGCGUUGCACGCGCUUCAUUGGCUGGCUUCCUGCACGAUCAGCCUGGACAACCGGCACCGAAGCCACGCAGUCUGCAGCAUAAACUGCGCAACCCUUUCAUCCCCAAUCUUACUUCGUACCUAGAGACAAACCUUGCCAUGAAGCUGGAUCUGGAUGGGUCGUCUUCGGACCAGGUUGCGAAGCAGCAUGUGCGACUCUCGAAGGUUGCAUGUGCUGCUUUCGUUCUGGGCAGUGAAGGGCGUGUGAAACUGGUUGUGGCUGCUGACAGGGAUGCUGGGGAUGGAGAUGAGAGCUCUCGAGCUCGAGGCGACCAACAUGCACUUGCUUUGGAGGCAGGGGAAUCACUUCUACGGUCGGUGAUCCGCAAGGCUGUUGUGGGGGAUCAUUUGGCUACGUGA